AUGAAUAAAGUAGAUCAGAUUAUAGGUUACAAGAAGUGCGAGGGAAAACUACCAAAAGACAAACAGAUAACCAAGAACAGAUCGAAAGGUGGGAAUGUUGAGCAGCUAGAUAAUGGUAAAAGGGAAAGAGAAAACCUGAAAACAUUCAACGAAGAAAGGAAGAAAUUCUUGGAGAGGAUGAACAAAAACAAAAAGAAAAACAUGACGAAGAGGGAGAAGGAAAAACCAAAAGAAACAGAAAAAGAUAACUACAAAAGAGAUGACAAAAAGUUUAAAGAGCAAAAAAAGUUACCAGCAACAAGGGAGUUCCGUUUCAAAGAACCACAUUCGCCAAGUGGUUCUCACAACUUUCCGGACGAAAGCUUGAAAUCGAAAUCUCAGUCUGGAGCAGAUGUUGAGAUAGAGUCGGAAAUUGAAACUAAAAUUAUGAUAGACCAAGCUAUUCAAACAUAUGGAMCUUUGAAUGUCCAGCUGUCGGAACUUUUCAACGACAAUAUUCUUAACGUCACUAAAGAGAAUACCUCUUUUUUACAGGACACAGAGUUCACCUCAUGGGAACGUCGGUGGUCAAAUUGUAGUACAAUCAGUAAUGCGACUACAAUCUCCUCAGUUCCAGAUCCCAAAUACAAGUUCAACUUCAACGAACUGCUUCCGCUCAAUUCGAUUGCGUUGGUGGAUCAAGAUCACAAAAUGUCCGCCACAUCCCUAGUAGACCAGAAUCAAAGAGGUAAAAAACUUCUCCAGCUAGAGACAGAAUACUCAAACAAAGUCAAGAGUGUGAUCACAGGACUACAACUACUGUGCACGAAGGGUCAACUGCAUUCCGUCAACGGGGUAACCGGUCAACAAGUGGCCCGCUGGUCCGAAUUCCCCACUUGUUGCCACCAAACCCCAGUUUAA